AUGUCGAACCCAGCCAGACGUCGUGGCAGAGGUGGCAACCCGCAACAGCAGUCUGAUACAUCGUCUGCUCGUGGCGGUGGACUCGCUCCUGGAGCCUUCGAUGGUCCGGCGUCUCGUGGAGGUGCCUCGAGCAAUACUGGCUCAGCUGGUCGACCUGCAUCAACUGCACAAUCUGGGAUAUCAGACCCCGGGUCUCAACCAGGGUCGCCGUCAACAUCUCCACGUGCUGCACAACCAGGAUCGUUUGCACCAGGACCUGCCUCACCAAGAUCACCAAGCUCCGCGGUUGCUCCAGCACCCCUCAUGACCGAUCCAGCAAGAGACCCAGCCCGUCAAGCACGUCUCACUGACAGCCUCCGCAAUAUUGAUCUGCCUGCCUCAUUCUACAAUAUGGACAAUUUGUACCAGUUGCCUACCGACUUCAAAACUCGACCAGGAUACAACACCACUGGCAGAGAAGUUAGCGUCAAGCUAAACUCGUUCCCUGUCGUGCAAUUUCCGCUUAGCCCGGUCUACCAGUAUGAUGUCCAGAUCGGCAGCGGCGCCGAAAAGCGAGCAGUCAUUCUCAAAGCUUGGGCGUCGAAGGCCCGUAAGGCCGCUACUGGCGAGUGGUUCAUUUUCGACGGCAACAAGCUCGGGUGGAGCGGCCAGAACUUUGAUCGAGAUAUCCAUGUCAUGGCAGAUCUUGAUGCAGAAGAAGGUCGUUCCUCCGGACGGACCUCCAACACAUUCCGUAUCGUGAUUCGCAAAGCCAAAACUCUUAACCUCUCAUUGAUCCAAGCAUAUUUCAACAGGCAAAUUCAAAUGGGCCCAGAGAUUCUCGAAGGCAUCAACUUCCUUGACCAUCUCCUUCGCGAAGGUCCAUCCCGUAACCCUCGCUUCAUUCCAAUCCGACGUCAGUUCUUCAUCCGUGACGGACAACGCGCUGCUCUGGGUGGUGGUGUCGAGGUCUUCCGCGGGGUGUACCAGAGUCUUCGCCUGGCCGAAGGUCAACGAGCGAUCAUCAAUCUCGAUGUUGCCAAUUGUUGCUUCUGGCAACCCACCUCCCUCAUUGCUGCAAUCAUUGCCAAAAUGAGAUUGCGUGAUCCUCAGGGCAUUCAGCAGCAAUGCAGACCUGUGCAAGACAACGGAACAGUCAAGGCCUCACAGUUCCAGAAGCUAAUGUCCAAGAACUUUCGCAAGGUCUUGGUCAAGGCUCGCUACGAGGGCUGCCCGGUGGCCGAUAAAGCUUGGAACAUCAAAGACUUCUCUGUCCACAAUGCACAACAGCACAUGCUCGACAUGAAGGACGCCAGUGGUAAUCUUACUGGCCAACAACAAUCUGUCGCCCAAUACUUCAGGACAAAAUAUAACGUCACUCUUCAAUAUCCUGGCCUUCCUCUUGUCGAGAUGACUAAGAAAGGCGUCUUCUAUCCCAUGGAAUUUCUCCAUGUCAUCGAGAACCAGCGUUAUGCAUUCAAGCUUGACGAGACGCAAACUGCCAACAUGAUCAAAUUCGCUGUGACUCGCCCUGAUGUACGAAACUCAUCCAUCAACGAAGGCCAAGGAUGGCUGAACUGGAGUGAAGACAGGUUUCUCAAGCAAUAUGGGCUCAAGGUCAAUCCUACCAUGAUCCGCACCAAGGCUCGUAUCCUCCCAUCCCCAGAGGUUCAAUUCGGCGGUGCCGCUGCGAAACCAGGAACUGCUGGUCGAUGGGAUCUGCGUGGCAAGAAGUUUCUCACCACCAACCCCAAAGAGCUUGCCGCUUGGGGAAUUGGAGUCUUUGGCAAUGCUGACAAGCCCAUGUUGGAGAAAUUCGCAAAGGACUUCGCCCAAGCAUACCGCCAACAUGGUGGCAAAGUCUCCAGCGCACCUCCUAAUCUCAUGAGACUUCCCGCUGAUCCUGCCCAGGCAGUUGAACAACUUCACAACGGGACCGGAAACAUGUUCAAACAGCGACCUCAACUCUUGAUCUUUAUUGUUCAAGACAAGAAUAGCUUUCACUAUCUUCGCAUCAAGAAGUCCUGUGAUUGUCGAUUCGGGGUGGUCUCGCAAGUUCUGCAGUUUCAGCAGGUUAGGAAGGGCAACCCUCAGUAUUAUUCAAAUGUCUUGAUGAAGGUCAACGCAAAGCUCGGUGGAACAACCGCUCAAGCAAAGCCUGAUCGUACUAGCGGGUUUAAGAGUUUUCCAGGACCAACCAUGGUCAUUGGUGCUGACGUCUCUCAUGCAUCUCCCGGCAGUGAACAGGCUUCGAUGGCAGCUCUUACUGUUUCAUUUGACAAAUUCGGUGGGCGCUAUGCGGCGGCCUGUCAGACGAAUGGCAAACGCGUCGAAAUCAUCACUGAGGCUAACUGGUCUUCAAUGCUGACCCCGUUGGCUACGCAGUGGGUUGCAACAAUUGGAGGUGGUCGUGUUCCUGGGACCGUCUAUUACUUCCGCGAUGGUGUCUCUGAGGGCCAAUUCGUUCACGUCAUGCAACAAGAGGUCCCACACAUCAAGGGCGUCUUGAGUACGAUCCAGGGUUCUGAUUGGAAGGGCAAGAUCACUGUCAUCAUUGCCGCCAAGCGUCAUCACGUCCGCGCUUUUCCCGAAGACAAGGCUGGUGCCGACAAGAAUGGCAAUCCUCUUCCAGGAACCCUGAUCGAGCACGACUGUACUAUGCCAUUCGAGUGGGACUUCUACCUAUAUUCGCAUAUCGCUCUGCAAGGCACAGCUCGUCCUGUUCACUACACCGUCAUCCAUGACGAAAGCAACCACCCUCCCAAUGUCAUUCAAAACAUGAUCUAUGAGCAUUGCUAUCAGUAUAUGCGAUCGACUACCUCAGUCUCAAUGUUCCCGGCCGUGUACUAUGCACACUUGGCGUCCAACCGAGCAAAGGCUCACGAGAAUAUCCCUUCUUCCGAAGGACCACAGGGCGGGCCUGGGUUUAAGCAGAAUCAACCUGCAGCUCAAUCCGACGUAUCUGAUUCUGAAGUUCGCCCAUUGAUGGCAAUGUUUCCAAUCAAUGGCAUUCAAUUUGCCAUGUGGUACAUUUGA